AUGGGUUUACAUCCACGAGAAUGCCUAAAUCAUUAUCAUUUAAUAUGUUUAACUGGUCUUGUUGCUAUAUCACUAACAUUAGUUAUUGUUGGUGGUUCACUUUCAGCUUGGUGUAUUCGUUAUGGAAAUGCAUAUGAAUGUCAUUCAUUAUUUCAUUCUGAUCGAGCUUUUUCAUGUCUUUUUAAAUUAAUUCCAACAGGAAUUAUAUUUUGUUUAAUUAUUUCUUUAUUUAUGUUCAUUAUUUUAAUUAUUGGUCAAGUAUGUAUUGAAUAUUCUGGUAUUGCUAAAAAAGAAUAUCAACUUGUUGCUCGAAUUGUUAAUAUUCUUACAUUAUCAAUAGCUAUUAUUUUAAUUAUGAUUGUACUUCUUCAAUGGUUUCAUCCACCAAGAGAUUCAUCAAAAAAUAUUUUAGUUGCUAUGAUGCCAUUACAAGAUGAAACAAAUAAUGCAUCAAAACCAAAACAAGAACGUAUUAUUUUUGCAACAAUUGCACCAGAUCAUUCUUCAUAUUUAAAAGCAAUUGGUGUACGACAUCGAUCAAUGCUUACUUAUCAUCAAAAUAUUCAUCAUGGACCUAAUUUAUUCUUUGCAGCAUUUAUUAUUCUUUUUAUUGCUUUACUUGGUUUUGCCAUGGCACAUCGAAUAUAA